AUGAGUCUCGAUAAGAAAUCAAGCCAAUCUAAUUUUUCUCAUAAGGAAGAUAUUGAGGAAGUUGAAUAUGUCCAAACAAUUGAUCCAGAGAAAGAACAAGUUGACUUGAACACUAUUGAGGCUUUAGCUGCUUCAAAGGCAGCAUGGUUGAUUUCCAUCGUCGUCUCUCUUGGCGGACUUCUUUUCGGCUACGACACCGGCUACAUCUCUUCAGUGCUUGUGUCAAUUGGCAGCUCCUUGGGUCAUGUUCUCAGCUCAAAUGAGCAGGAGAUGGUCACAUCUCUGACGAGCGGUGGUGCUCUUGUUGGAGCGGUCUUUGCCGGUCUCUCUGCUGAUCGCUUUGGACGUCGUCGGCCAUUGUGGGGUGCGUGUGUGGUAUUUGUGAUUGGUACUGUGCUCCAGACAUGUGCAUUCUCUGUUGCCCAAUUCGCGACUGGAAGGUUCGUGGUGGGUCUUGGAGUAGGAAGUGCGGCUAUGAUCAGUCCUCUGUAUAUUGGUGAAUUGGCUCCGGCAAAAUACCGUGGCCGCAUGGUUGCAUUCAACAAUAUGAGCGUCACAUUCGGUCAGCUUGUCGCCAGCGCUCUUGGUGCCGGCUUUACCGAGGUGAAGGGCGAAGGAUGGCGUGCAACUGUCGGCAUCGGAGCUGUCCCAGCCAUUGCACUCGCUGCCCUCCUAUUUCUCUGUCCGGAAUCACCCCGACAGCUUGUCUCUCGUGGCAAACUUGAUGAAGCGGAAGCUGUUCUCCUGCGAAUUUAUCCUGGAUCUACCCAAGACCAACGAAAGGCUAAAGUAAGGUCAAUUGGGAAUUCUCUUAGCGAGUCCUUAUCAGCUAUGUCCGAGGAGUCAUUAUGGGUGACUUUUAAACGCGUCUUCAACACACCUGCGACCGGUCGCGCUGUACUCACAGCAUGUAUAAUAAUGGCAGUCAGUCAGCUUGGAGGCUUUAACACGUUAAUGUAUUACGCUGCGACUAUAUUCUCCAUCGUCGGAUUUAGUAACGCCACCGCUGUUGGAAUCACAGUCUCUGGAACUAACUUUGUCUUUUCAAUUCUCAAUCUUGUCCUUGUGGAUAAGUUUGGACGCAGAAUUAUCUUGGUAGUGACUCUGCUUGGAAUGGGAUUUUGUCUGAUCGUUGCUGUUGUCGCAUUCCACUAUAUCCCUAUUGAUACCAACACUCUGGUCGUAGGGACCACUCAAGUCGGAUGGCCUGGUACGCUGGUUCUUGUCGCUAUAAUCUGCUAUGUGGGCUUCUACUCGUCGGGUGUUGCGACCAUUGCGUGGAUCGGCACAGAGCUGAUUCCUCUUGAGGUGCGAGCAGUCGGAACUAUGCUGAGUCGAGCGUGUCCGCUAAUCAUGAAUACUUUCCAGAACACUGUUACCUGCUGGGGGACUAACAUUAUCGUCUCUUCCACUUUCCUUUCCAUGAUGAAGGCUUGGACGCCUAGUGGGGCAUUUGGCUUUUAUGCUGCCAUCUGCUUCAUUGGCUGGAUAUUUGUUUACUUCUUCUUCCCUGAGUGCAAGGGUAUGCCACUGGAGGUUGUGCGUGAGGUCUUCAGUGACGGAUUUGGAGUCAAGUAUUCGAAGAAGUGGCAGAAGGAGCAUAAGCAUGAUGCAAAAGUCGAGACAGUAGUUUUUGGUCAUUAA